AUGUCGGUUCUGGACGAAAGUCGGGCGGUAUCCGCUCGAGACUUGCUCCUGAUGCUGUUCACGUCGUUAAAGCACUGCGGCACUUGGGACGUCGUUGCGGCCGUAUUCAAGCAAAAGCCGACAACCUUCGAGAAGCGCGUCAUGUCCUUCCUGAUCGUUCUCCACGCAUACCUCAUGCGAACGUUCGUCACGGCUGAAGAGGCCAAUGCAGACGCCCGCUGUGGCUGGGCAUUGGUUCAAGAACUUCGCUCGAAAAAGAUAUACUACAGCGGCAAACACUCACUGUAUGGACACAGGGUUGAAGUGUCCGUGGUACCGAAUGGCUUCACGAUCGACUGCACCAAGUUCUACAAGAUCAGCGUGUCGGACAAGACAAUAUUCGACGAGAACAUCGACUCUCACCUGGCCAACCUGGCAAAGCGCACCGGCGAGACGACGCUCGAAGACUCGGAGCUUGGCUUAGAGCAAUGGGCAGUUCUGGCUGACAAAGGCUACCAAGGUAUUCAGCACAACGUCCGGACGGUGCUGCCGUUGAAGAAGCCGGCAGGUGGCAACUCACCAUUGCGGAGCAAGCGAAGAAUGACCACGCUGUGGUCCACAUGUAGCGACACGUACCGUUGGAGCCGCAAGAGCUACGACAUCGUGUUCCAAGCGUGUUUGGCCCUGAUCAACGUCCAUGUCCGCCUCCAUCCCCUGUGUGCAGAAGAUGGUGAUGCCAAUGCCCAACCACCAAGCUCUUCACCUUCGACGGCACGGCAACCUCGAUGGCGCUGUCGACCCGAAGAGAUCCCCGACACAGCCGCUCUCGAAGCCUUCAUGCACAAGCUCCGUGAUGCCGAACGCGCUGUAACGUGCACCCACCUCGUCAACUACCUCAAGCGGUACCAUCGCGCGUGGCUCGACGGCUACCUGGCGAACAAGAAUUGUGGAUACCAGUCGCUGCUCAAACUGGCGUUCACAGGGUUCAGCGGCGACAGCAUCAUCAACGUCGACGAGACGGGUAUGACGUACGACAUGCCACCUCAUGCAAUUUGGUCGGUACGCAUUGGUACGGCGAAGAUUGCGAGUGGCGAAAAGCUCUCGUACCGCAUGACAGCUGUGCUGGGCGCCCGUGCGAAUGGCGAGAAGCUCCCCAUCCUGUUUAUCAUCCGUGGCAUGCCCGGUGGCGCGAUCGAAGCGAAUGAGUUUGAGUCGUACCCUCUUGGGCACCACUACGCACCACAAGUUCGGGAGCCGACGGUUCUGUUGCUCGACAACUUUGACCCGCAUGUCAGCAAGGAAGGAAUCAAGAUCGCCAGCGAGGAGGCCGGUUGUGUUGUUGCUGCCAUCCCACCGAAUGCCACAAGUACAGUGCAGCCCUUGGACGUUGGGGUGAUGGCCCCAUUUAAGCGCCACUUGCGCAGUUUGUGGCUUGAAGAAGAUCUCAUCGAGGGUAGUGAAAGUGAGGAAGAUGUAGAUCUCAUGACUGUACCGGCGCAGAAAAAGCGUUUGGUGAUGAUUCAUCGAGCCAUUAAGGCAUGGGCUCCGUCGCAGAUUUUCUAA